AUGGGAGCUCGCGAGUUCAUUGGCCGCGACCGUCAGAACCGUAGUCGAGAUGGCUUCCGAGCAGAAGAGAAAGCCGAGAUACAGGCAGCCAGCACAUCGCGGAAAGUCCUAAACAAGGCCAAGCUCAUCAUUACCCCACUGGAUUCCUAUCGACGCGAGGCCUUUGCGUCGUAUCCCUCAGGAGCAGGGCCUCUGUCAACGGAAAGCGUGGACGAAUAUAUUUCCAUUCUUCGCAAGGAAGAACUGUGUCUUAAAGUCACUCCCGAUGUCGAGCAUCCAGCCAUAUCAGUCGUCUUUCCCCUGUCCAUGCAGGACCCGGGUCUCUUCAAAUGUCUGCUCGUCGGGGCUCAAAGUCUGCAUGACUGGCGUCGUGAUCCCUUCCAUGUCAACCGCUCUCAACCCAUGGUCAAGUUGCAGAACGAAGCCAUCCUUUCGCUGCGAACCCGCCUUUCCGCUCCGUCUGCCCAUCUUGACGAUGGUGUCUUGAUUGCGAUUACCCAUUUGAUGGUAGCCGAUUCGUGUCGUAGAGACCUGUUGUCGUUGAAAUCGCAUCUGAAAGGGGCCAGACAAAUCAUCUCACUCCGUGGUGGACUUGGGACCACGCCUGCUCAUCUGGCGAUCCGGGCUCUCUUGACCACAACGGAGUUUUACAUUGCCUUGGGCCAAUACCUCCAAAUCAGUCCUGAUGAUCCGACCGCCAUUCCUAAGCAACCGAUUGAAUACGUCCGACAUCCAUUCCCUCCCGACAUCUGCCGCGACGUCGCCACCCUUCCCACGGGUCUCGCUGAAGCUGCCCUUUCCGGACAUCUGAGCGUUCAAUGCAUCAAGCUCCUUGCUUCAACCGCGUCAUGGGCGCCCCUGGUGAAUGGCUCCGCUUCGCCUCCUUCAGAUCAAGCACAAGACUCGAAAGAUCGAUACUGCAGGCUCUUCUGCGAACCCAGAGAAUGUUCUCGAAACGCCAUUAUGAUCCUGCUUGACCUUAAAAGGUCUGGGCUACCAGUUGGCCUGGAACAUGUCAUCUGUCUAGGCUUAGCCAUGGCUGUCCGUCACCUCAGCGGCGAGAACCGUACGAACAUCUUCGACACUGCCUCGCUCGCCGCCUUGACCAAGAGUGUCAAAGCCAUCGAUAAUCCCUCUGUAUCAGACUCUGAAGUCAUCAUCUGGAUUUCCCUGGUCAUCAGCUGGCGCACACAAUCCGCGAAGCCUGUACCAAAGGCUGACGCUCUCCUGGAUUACGUGCUGGAUUCAUUCCCCGUCGCCCGCUCCUGGAAGAAAGUAUCGGCCAUAUGUCGCAAAUUCUGGUGGUACGAGCGCUUCCAAGCGGAAUGGGAGAAGUGCUGGGCUCGCGGCAUUGCAAGGCAGCAGCAGCGAUCGUUGACGGAUCCAUCUCCUCCCGUGAGCGCUAGAAGACGGUCUUCGGCUGGCCAAUCCGCGAGCAUUGCAGCUCUUCAGAAAUACACCAAGCAUGUCGAAGCUGGGUGA